AAUGAUCCCGACAAACUUGGUCGUACUAUCGAUCCUGAUCGUACUAAUCCUGAUAUACUUGAAGAUAAUGAAUGGAAAGAAAAGUAUGGUUCAUUACACGCAAUGGGUCACGUAAUGAUUGGUAGAAUUGUUGGUAACGAGAAUGUAGCGAAAGCAUUAGAAGCAAAAAAACUUCGUAAUCCAACGGGAGUUAUUUUAAAUGUUUCUAUUGCCAGCAAAGACCCUGCAUUUUUCAGAUGGCAUCGUUUGGUUGAUGACCAAUUUAAUCGUUGUAUUGAAACAACUUUAAAAGCUAGAAAUUUCACUGAUGCUCCAGAUGUUUCAAUUAAAUCUAAUGGUAUUAUUCUCGCUUUUAAAGAUCAACUUGAAAAAGUUUGUCCUGAUGGUGCACAUGAUGGAUGGCAAAAAUUUGGUGAAAAAAACUUUGGAAAAAUUCCUGCUACAGAUGAAUUACAAACUAAAAUGGUACCUCGAAAUAUAAGAGGUCCAAAUAAUGAAAUUAGUAAAAUUGAACAUGUUUUCCCUAGAGAAUUUUAUUAUUUCUUUAAGGUGAAAAAUAACACUACAAGAGAUGCAUUUGAUGCUGCUGCCGACAAAAUUGUUAAAGAGCCUGCGUUAAAACAUGUUACACUCAGAAUAUUUAUUGUUCCAGAAGUUUUGGCGCACGAUCGUAAACAAUGGAUAGAAAUGGAUAAAUUUAAAUAUACACUUAAAGCAGGAGAAGAAGCAGUCAUCGCUCGUUCUUGUGAACUCUCUUCUGUUAUACGAAAACCUGCUCAAAAAGUAUUUGAUGACACUCCAGGAGAUGACUUCGAUAAUGAUUAUUGUGGUUGUGGUUGGCCAUAUCAUCUUUUACUUCCACGUGGUACUAAGAAAGGAAUGAAAUUUAAAUUAUUUGUAUAUAUCUCCGAUUGGAAUGCUGAUAAAGUUCCUGAAAGUACUGCCGAAGGUAGUUUAAGUAUGUGCGGUAGAAAGAUUGAAAAUGGAAGACCAGCUAAAUAUCCUGAUUCUCGUGAUAUGGGAUAUCCAUUUGAUCGUCCCUAUGCUGGUCAUUCCUUGCAAUCGACAUUCACCAAGGUAGUAGAUCCUAAAACUUUAAAUACCAGCUCAACAGAUUUUACACCAGCUAUAAGCAGCAUCCCAGAAGAUUAUUGGUUAGAUAAUGCAGCUAUGCGUGAUUUUACAAUUAGAUGGGUUGAUGAAUUUUGCUAA